CUCGCGCCACUGCCGCCGCCGCUGCUGCUGCUGCAUUAGCUGGGAGACCAGAAGCGCAUUCACGGGCCCAUUGCCUCCCCCACCUCUCCCCAGAUGGCUUCUGCAACAGAUGCUCGCUAUGGCCAGAAGGAGUCCUCAGACCAGAACUUUGACUACAUGUUCAAGAUCCUGAUCAUCGGCAAUAGCAGUGUUGGAAAGACCUCCUUCCUUUUCCGGUACGCUGAUGACUCCUUCACUCCAGCUUUUGUCAGCACCGUUGGCAUUGACUUCAAAGUGAAAACCAUCUAUCGCAAUGAUAAGCGCAUUAAACUGCAGAUCUGGGAUACAGCAGGUCAGGAACGAUACCGGACUAUUACCACUGCCUAUUAUCGAGGGGCAAUGGGUUUCAUUUUGAUGUAUGACAUCACCAAUGAGGAGUCCUUCAAUGCUGUCCAGGAUUGGUCAACUCAGAUCAAAACCUACUCAUGGGAUAAUGCCCAAGUACUGUUGGUGGGUAACAAGUGUGACAUGGAAGACGAGAGAGUUGUAUCAUCAGAGCGGGGACGUCAGCUUGCCGAGCACCUGGGAUUUGAGUUCUUCGAGGCCAGCGCGAAGGACAAUAUUAAUGUGAAGCAAACCUUUGAACGUUUGGUGGAUAUCAUUUGUGAAAAGAUGUCCGAGUCACUGGAUGCAGCUGAUCCAGCUGUGACCGGUGCUAAGCAGGGCCCGCAACUGACCGAUCAACAAGCUCCCCCACACCAGGAUUGUGCCUGUUAAGAGACUUUGGUGUGGAUGCCCCAACUUUUCCUGUCCCACCCACCUUGCCUGCCUCAUGUCUUGCAGUAAUCAGAGCCCCUAGAUCCUUGACAGUUUGUGCUCUCUGUCUUCCCUACCACCACCACACACACCAUUUAGCUAUCCCAUUGCUUAUCCUUUUGGGGUAGGUGGCCGAGACUCAAACCCAGAGCUUUUACGCCUCUCUGUGUGGGCCUUUGAAUGCUUCAAAAGUUAUUCCCUUUAACCUUUGGGUGAAUAGGCUGUACCUUUCUAUAUGCCCCCUCCCCUGGGUCCAAGCUGAGAGUCUUUUUUGGUGAGUGUGAAAAGGGGAUGGGGGCAGAGCUGAAACUUUUAACUGUUCUUAGUGGGUUUUAUUUAUUUAUAUAUUUAUAAUGUUCCCGUUUACACAUUUGAACACCUUUUCCCUCCUCCUCCUUCAUAACUUAAGGGCCACGGUCACCCCGCAUUUCCUGCACUUGGUAUUGACAAAAAUAGGUCGAAGCUGAUGUCCGAGACUCAAUUUGACAGUGUCUUCACAGGAAGGAAAAUAUAUCUGUCGGGAGCAUCUGUCCAUUUCCUCCUGACCACUGAUCAUGGGCUGUAGAGAAAAAAAAAAUUGUUCAGGCAGACUGCAUUAGCUGGAAACUAUCUCAUUACCAGCUCUGAAUUGGGCUAUGUUUUGUAAUGCUGCUAAGUGAGGUUAACCUCAAAACUCCUUGUUUAGCCCCAGUUUGUGCCUGCUUCUUGCAUGCUGUUUCCUCUACUAUGAAUGAAAAUAAUAGGUUUGAAGGUGAAUGCCUUUCUUCACAGAAUGGCAGGAAUUUCCAACUUAAAACUGUACCUCUUGCCGUGCUGGAUUCUUAGGCAUUAAGAUCACUCUAAGUCUAGCUGUACCAGGUCACUUAGCACAGGGUUCCUCAACCUCAGCAACUUGAAGAUGGGUGGACGUCCACUCCCAGAAUUCCCCAGCCAGCCAU